AAAACGAGAAAAGCGUGGAAUGAAUUCGGCAUCUGCAGGACAGAUGAAGAGCUCUGGAGUUGAUACUAAUGCUGAUCAAAUCUGUAACAAAAGCAUUGUAAUUCCAAACAGAAUUGUUACAUUAGCCAACAGCUUCGAGAAGAAAGACCGUUCCUGGUAUGUCAAGUCUCAAAUCCCUUCUGAUCUAUCUAUUCAAGUCGACGAUAUUACCUUCCAAGCACACAAGUUUCCUUUGAUCUCCAAAUGUGGUUACAUAAGCAAUACUGAGCUACAACCUUCAGCUUCUGAGAACGGGUAUCAUCUCAAGCUGGAAAACUUCCCAGGUGGAGCAGAAACAUUUGAGACCAUUCUGAAGUUUUGCUACGGUCUGCCACUGGACUUGAAUCCUCUCAACGUAGCCUCACUGAGAUGUGCGUCAGAAUACUUGUACAUGACUGAAGAAUUUGAAGACGGGAAUUUAAUCUCCAAGACAGAUGCUUUCAUCACUUUUGUGGUACUUGCCUCAUGGAGAGAUACACUCACUGUUCUGAGAUCAUGUGCAAACUUAUCUCCAUGGGCUGAAAACCUCCAAAUUGUAAGGAGAUGCUGUGACUUGCUUGCUUGGAAAGCCUGCAAUGAUGAUAACAUUCAAGAAGAUGUAGAUAGCAAUCAAAGAUGUCUAUACAAUGAUAUAGCCACACUUCAAAUUGAUCACUUCAUGAGGAUUAUAACAACUGUAAAAGCAAGACGGGCUAAACCAGAGAUCAUAGGUAAAAUCAUCAUGAGGUACGCAGAGAACUGGCUCCCGAUAAUCGAUGAGGAUUUGGAAGGAAUUAGAGGUUUAGGGUUAGGAAAGAAUGAGUUGCAGAUUAGUGUGAACAGAGAAAGAACAGAGGAAAGCAAUGUAGGAUGUCAAGAACAAAAGGGAAUUAUAGAAAGCUUAGUAAGUGUGCUUCCUCAACCAACUGGAGCAUUAUCAUGCCACUUUCUGUUAAGGUUGCUGAAAACGGCGAUUGUUUAUUCUGCAUCACCAGCUUUAAUAUCUGAUCUUGAGAAGCGGAUCGGUAUGGCAUUGGAAGAUGCUAAUGUAUGUGAUCUCCUGAUUCCGAACUUCAAAAACGAAGAUCAACAGAGAGGAGCCAGAUCACCUGAGGUAUACACAAUAUACAAUGUGGAUGUGGUUCAAAGGAUCCUCGAGUAUUUCUUGAUGCAUGAGCAGCAGCAACAACAGCAACAGGUUCCAGGAAAGCCAAGCAUAACAAAGCUCUUGGACAAUUACUUAGCCGAGAUUGCAAAAGAUCCAUGUCUGCCCAUCACCAAGUUUCAGGUUCUAGCAGAAGCGUUGCCUGAAAGUGCUUGGAAAUGCCAUGACGGCCUCUAUAGAGCAAUUGAUAUGUUUCUCAAGACGCACCCUUCACUAUCAGAGCACGAUAGAAGAAGACUGUGCAAAACAAUGAACUGCGAGAAACUAUCCCUUGAUGCAUGCCUACACGCUGCACAAAAUGAUCGAUUGCCUCUGAGAACCAUCGUCCAGAUCAAUACUCAGGUGCUUUUCUCGGAACAAGUAAAGAUGAGGAUGAUGAUGCAAGACAAGCAACCGGAGACCAAGGAAGAAAAUCUUGUAGGUGGUGAGGAUAAACGAAUAUCUAGGGAUAAUGAAAUCAAGACACUUGAGGAAGAGCUCGAGAAUGUGAAGAAAAUGAUGGCAGAGCUUCAGAACGAUUACAAUGAGCUUCAGCAAGAGUACGAAAAGCUAAGUAGCAAACAGAAGAACACACAUAACUGGGGAUUGCGUUGGCAAAAGAUGAAGAAAUCAUUCCAGAUCAAACGCGAAGACGAUGAAACAAGAGACACGCCACGAAGAAGAAGUUCCACGGAACCAAGAACCAGCUUCAGGAGAAGAAUGUCGAUGUCAUAAGCCCUAACUUGUGCUUUACUGAAUUAAACCUAUCAAUUGUA